AUGUCCAUAUUGGAUAAACUAACUUUAGAUAGACAUGCUAUGAAAGACCGCGCUACUGCCCACCUCCGUAUAUACGUAGGGGGCCUUACUGAAAGAGCUACAGUGGAGGAGUUGUAUGAACACUUUAUACCUUAUGGACAAAUAAACGGAAUAAUUGUUAACAGAAACUUUGGAUUUGUUCAGUUUGAAAGGGAAGCCAGUGUUCAAGAUGCAAUAACUAAGGCUGAUGGUAGUGUAUUUCAGGGAAAAAGCCUAAGUGUAAGACCAGCACUGUCUGACAAAAAUAGUAGGCGUGAAACAGAGGUUGUGACAGUACAACCAGAAGUACCACCAGCCUUAGCUCUCGGUGAUAACUAUCCAGCCACUGGAGAAGAUGCAAAUGAUGAGCCAUAUGACAAUUAUGGCAACUAUAUUGGAGACCAGAGGAUGGCUAAUGCGGAUUACAGAGAAGAAGAAUAUGAUGAAGGGUAUGGCAAAGGUUGGGGCGAGGGUCAUGAAGGUCGAGAAAUUCGGGAUGCCCGUGAUGUACGCGAGGCAAAUGAAUCUCGCGAAACCAGAAACGCUAUGCGCGGUAGAGGUGGGCCAAGGGGUCGAGCUCUUGGUAGGGGCCGUGGUGGUGGUCCUAGCUACAGAGACCGUACGCCUGUUGGUGGCAGAGGUGGCGAAUGGCCUGAAAGAAGUGGCUUUGACCGAUAUCCUCAGACGUUACCAGACUAUCCUAGAGCCUUGCCAAUUUCAGAGAGGAACGACUGUGAGAUAAUUGUAGUCUCAAAAGCUCUGACUGAAUAUGCAGAGUAUAUAGAAAGUAGGCUAAAGCGGUUGGGUAUUGUAGUUGAUCUACUGUUCCCAAUGGAGGAUGUUCCCAUCGGAAAAGUAUUAGGGAACAUUGCUUCUCGCGGAUGUCUCUACGCCAUUCUAGUAAUGCCUCAGAAUCAGGAACAUAGAUCUUUAACACUGACUAUUCUACAUGGACUGCCACAAGAACACCGUAACAUGCCUUUAGAAGAUGCCCUGCAAUUACUUUCACGUAACUUCCAAGAGGUUCAGCAUGGUGGAUCCUCUGGCAGGGAAGCCGUUUACGCUUUGUUGGGCCAGUUAGCAGACGGCCGUUCUCUUACUGUGCUACAAUAUGAUAAAGUUAUUGAAUAUUUACAGGAUCGCAAAGAACAUCAAAUCAAAAUAGAAUUGGGAGAACCUUUAGCACCUACAACAGUCAACAGCAAGGCCCAAGUUGACUUGCAGCAAAGAAUUAUGAGUAUUCUAAAUGAAAAGAAAGUAAUCGCUCAGAAAGAACCACCUCCACCUCCAGCUCUAACUCCAGGACCUGUACAAACACCAGCACAAGAUGCUCAACAUAAACUUCUAAAUGAUCCCACAUUGAAGAAAGCUUUAGAUUCAAUUUUGCAAAAGUAUACUUAG